GACGCUACUCAGAUUAUGCGACCUCGACGUGCUACCCAUCGGCCAUUAUACCUCGAUGAUUAUGAGACACUAUGGCAGCCUUAGAUGAGCGCUUCGGCAAGCCACACCAAUUAGCGCUGAAGAAGAUAGCGACAGUGAUGGACCUACCAGACGUACGCCGUGGUGACACAAGUACAUUUGAGAGGUUUGCCCUCCAGAUCAAUGCUCUUGUGAAUAUGCUCAAAACCCUUGGUCCAGAAGGUGAAGCUGAGCUGAGGUGUGGGUCAAAUGUAGCUCGCCUGCUGACUAAGUUACCCCCAGACAUGCGAGCUAAUUUUCGCCGGCAUGCGUACAAGCCACUAGGAGCUGUACACACUUUAGGCGACCUUGCAGAGUGGCUGCAAUAUGAGUGUCACUGUCAGGGUUAUGACGGGCUGACUAAAGGGACGGUGGUCGAAUCAUCUCGGGACAGGAGAGAUCGACGCAGAGAAGAUAAACCGCCGAAAAGAACAGCCACCAUUUUACAUGGAACUGAAGAGGUCAUGGAUAAAGCCGCAGAGCUGGUGCACACUCGGCCACCCAAACCAAAGAAACCUAGCUCAAGGUCCUACUGCCCAUACUGUGACAGUCCCGAGCAUUUCCUCAGCCAGUGUUCCACAUUCAUGACGUUCACCAAAGAGCAGAAAUUUAACUGGCUGCAGAGCAAUAAACGCUGUUGGCGGUGUGGCAGAACUCACCAGGCAGCUCAGUGUACCCUCAAGAAGCCCUGCAGCAUCUGUCAGAGGACACAUCUACAGAUCCUUCAUGAUGUGAACGACAGAACCGCUAGGGAGGGAUCCUGCCUUGUAAGCUCUGCCGGAGACACUCUUUACCUGAAUCGACCUCCAGAAGGGAGUAAAGUCCUACUAAAGGUUAUCAGAGUUAUUCUGAGUAACGGGAACAAGAAACUGGAUACCUUCGCUGUGCUGGAUGAUGGAUCAGAACGCACGAUGUUGCUUCCAGCAGCCGCCCACCAGUUACGGUUGAAGGGUCAUCCAGAGGACUUAAGCCUACGUACCAUCCGCCAAGACAUCCAAGUCCUGCAUGGGGCGGCAGUUUCAUUCCAGGUUGCUUCCGCUGUGCUACCCCAGAAACGCUUCCAAAUUCAUAACGCCUUUACUGCAGCACAACUUGGCCUAGCUCAACAUUCCUACCCCAUCACCACUCUUCAGGAAAGGUACAGGUACCUGAAAGGUUUGCCACUGCAACCCUUCCACAAGGCAAAUCCACUUUUGCUUAUUGGAGCUGACCAUCCCCAUUUAGUCACUCCUAUAGAGCCAGUGCGUCUUGGGCCACGAGGAGGGCCAGCAGCAGUCAAGACGAGGCUAGGAUGGACACUGCAAGGCCCAGCUAAAGCCUUAGAUUUGGAGUCCCAUUCGCAAGAAUGUCUCUUCACCAGCUUGAGUUCAGACACAGCUGAGCUGCUUCGUAAUGUGGAGAAGUUAUGGGAAAUGGAUACAUUACCUUAUCGGAAUGAAAAGCUGUUAACCCGUUCUAAGGAAGACCAGGAAGCAGUUUAUCUCCUGGAAUCUAGGACCACCCGUGUUGAGGUUGAUGGCACAUACAGAUAUGCUACCCCACUCUUACGCCGCAAGGGUAUGCCCUUAUUCCAAGCUCCUGCAGAAGCCGUUCUACCACUCCUGAGAACUACAGAAAGGCGUCUUGCUAAGAAUCCUAACCAAGCAGCAGUCUAUCGUGCUGAAAUAACCAAGCUAGUGGAAGCAGGCUACAUAGCAAAGUUACCACCUGAGGCAGUGAGAAGCAAGGAAGAGAGCUGGUACUUACCGCACCACAUGGUACAACACAAUGGAAAGUACAGGGUAGUUUUUAACUGCUCAUUCCUGUACAAGGGCCUGAAUUUAAACAAAGCUCUGUUACCUGGUCCUCAGUUGAGUUCGUCAUUGCUUGGAGUGCUGCUCCGGUUUAGAGAGCAUGCUGUCGCAGUCAGUGGUGACAUCCGCAGCAUGUUUCACCAGAUCCGACUUCUAUCAGAAGAUAAGCCAAUCCUUCGUUUCGCAUGGCGAGAUCUAGAAAGCGAGCGAGCUCCUGACAUCUAUGAAUGGCAAGUGCUUCCAUUUGGAACCACAUGCAGUCCAUGCUGUGCUAGUUAUGCGCUGCAAAAGCAUGUUCUGGACCAUAGUGAGCCUGGUGACAGUGUCCGUGUAGCAGUGAUGAAGAGUUUCUACGUAGAUAACUGCAUACAGAGUGUAUCCUCACCAGAAGAAGCCAAGGACCUGGUCGAGCAGCUACGCAUACUCUUCUCAACAGGAGGAUUUGACAUCCGUCAAUGGGCAAGCAAUGUGGCUGCAGCGGUUAGUCAUCUCCCGAAGGAGGCACGCGCAGAAAGCACAGAGCUUUGGUUGUCAUACGAUAAAGUUGACACCCCUGAACCAGCAUUAGGCCUUCAUUGGCACUGCUCUUCAGACACCUUAAGGUAUAAGCAUCGCUUAGUGAAGUACACAGAGCCCACUAUGAGGAAUAUCUACCGGAUAUUAGCUAGUCAGUAUGACCCUCUGGGCUUCCUGGUUCCGUUUACCACUAGGGCUAAGGUGCUAGUACAGCAACUGUGGGCUAAACCCAGACAAUGGGAUGACCCACUCCUCCCAGAAGAUCUCCUGUGUGCAUGGCGGAAAUGGGAGGAAGAACUUAAGCAGAUACCUGAGGUCUCUAUCCCAAGAUGUUACACAUCCCAGAGCCUGAAUCAUCCUGAAGUGAAGAGAAGUCUUCAUAUCUUUUGUGAUGCAUCAGAGCGUGCAUAUGGAUCAGUGGCAUACCUGAGAUCAGAGGAUAACUGUGGCCAUGUAGAAGUAGCUUUCCUUAUGGCCAGAUCCCGGGUUGCACCAAAGAAACAGCAGUCCAUGCCGAGGCUGGAGCUAUGUGCUGCACUCACGGGAGCACAGCUCCUCAGAGUACUGGAGAAUGAGCUCACUCUGCACAUCCAGGAUAAAACCCUGUGGACAGACUCAACAACAGUGCUGAGUUGGUUGCAAUCAGAGUCUUGUCGGUUUAAAGUCUUUGUAGGGACUAGUAUCUCUGAGAUCCUGGAGAUAGAUGAUAAGUCCUGGAGGUACGUUGACACAGCUUUGAACCCUGCAGAUGACAUCACGAGGGGUAAGCGACUCUCUGAAUUGACUACAUCCACUAGAUGGAGCAACGGACCACCCUUCCUACUCCAGCAUCCAGAUAAGUGGCCAGUAGCGCCUAUCACAAACCCACCUGAGGUCACUGAAGAGCUGCGGCGGGUCGUCUUCUGUGGAAUUACUGGUGCCACGUCUAAUCCACCUGUACCUAACCCGGAGCAGUUUGAUUCAUGGCAAGGCCUGGUGGAGGCUACAGCCCAGCAUUUAAUUAAGACAGCCUCCCCUGAGCGCUCCUUUACAGCAGAGACCUACAUAGAGGCGGAGCACCUCUUAUACAGUAGAGCUCAACAGGAGAGUUUCCCGGAAGAAUUCCAAUUCUUAAAGGCCGGCAAGCCAGUACCCCCUAGCAGUCGUCUGCUCACCCUUUCUCCAGAGUUUGAUGAGAACCUAAGCCUUUGGGAGGAGGGACACUCCAUCAAACUGCGCACUCGAAUCAAACACCACACGUAUCUUCCCUGGCUUUUGAGGAUGGUACACGCCAAAUAUCGGGAGAUACCAGUACUCUUUGUCUUUAUUGGGAGGUGGUGCAAGUUCUGCAUGUUGGUUAUCUAG